AUGAAGUAUGAAUAUUUAGGCUUACUUGAUAUAUUCCCUAUCAUUAUCUCUUCAACCUUAACAAUUGAUCAAGAAGAGAGAUUAAUAAAUAUAUUAAGGUAAUACCAGACAACCAUCAAUUGGUCUCUUUCAGAUAUCCAAGGAAUUAGUCUUGAAAUAUGUAUGCAUAGAAUAUUCACUCAAGAGAAUGCCCAGUCAAUUAGAGACAUACAACGAAGACUCAAUUCAAAAAUGUUGGGGGUAGUUAAGGCUAAAAUCCUAAAGUGGUUGGAUGUUAGAAUCAUCUAUGUCAUUUCUAGUAUCCCAUGGGUUAGCCCAAUUCAUGUUGUCCCAAAGAAAUCAGGCAUCACGGUAUCAACAAAUGACAAAGGAGAGAAAAUUAAAACCUGCCUAACCACAAAUUAGAGGGUUUGUAUUGAUUACAGGAAAUUAAAUCAAGUCACUAAGAAGGAUCAUUUUUCCUUGCCAUUUAUUGAUCAAAUAUUAGAACGACUUGCUGGUCAACACUAUUUUAGUUUUUAGGAUGGAUAUUCUAGUUAAAUUAGGUAGCUAUAUGUCUAGAAGAUUAGGAGAAGAUGACCUUCACCUGCCUUUUGGUACAUAUGCUGUCACUAGAAUGUCAUUCGGGCUAUGCAAUGCACCAGCCACCUUUUAACGAUGUAUGAUUGUCAUAUUCUCCACAAUAGUAGGAGAUCUUUAUGGAAGACUUUUUCAUAUUUGGUCAAACCUUUGAUGAUCGGUUAAUCAACCUCACCAAAGUUCUACAUAUUUUUGCGAAAUAGAAACUCAUUUUAAGUUGGGAAAAGUCCCACUUCAUGGUAACUAAAGGUGUGGUGCUAAGCCACAUAGUUAGUUAGUAAGGAUUAGAAGUCGACAAGACAAAAAUUGAGGUGAUACAAAAUCUUCCCCUUCCCACUUCUAUUCAUCAACUACACUCAUUCUUAAGACAUGUUGAUUUUUAUUAACGAUUUAUUAAAGGAUUUACCAAUUUAGCUAAAUCAACUUUCUUAAAACUUUCUUAAAACUUAACCAGGCCCUUAUUGAAGUGCCCAUCCUUGAAGGCCCAAAUUGAACUUACCCUUUUAAACAUAUGUGUGAUGCGUAUGACUUUUGUUAUAGGUGCUGUAUUGAGUCAACGAAUAUAUACAAGCUAGUAGUAAUUUAUUAUGCUAGCAAAACUCUUGUUGACAUGCAAUUGAAUUACACUAUUACUGAAAAAUAAUUAAUUGUUAUUGUUUUCACCCUAGAUAAAUUUUGUUCUUACCAUCUGGGAAAUAUAGUGAUUGUUUAUACAUAUCACUUUGUAAUCAAAUUUCUUUUGGCUAAGAAAGAAGCAAAACCUAGAUUAAUAUGAUGGAUUCUUUUACUACAGAAUUUGACUUAGAUAUCAACGACAAAAAGGGUAGUGAGAAUUAUGUAGCAGAUCAUUUGUCUAGAUUACGAGUUCAUGAUAAUAUACCUAUUUUAGAUUCUUUUCUUGAUGAACAAUUGUUGAGUGUUAAUGCAUGCAAGAUGUUGUGGUACACUCAUAUUCUCAAUUAUCUAGUGACAAGACAAUUACUUGCAAGAUGGUUUGCAAAUGUUAAAUGUAAGUUUUUUAGUGACCUCAAAUUUUAUUUUUGGGAAGAACCAGAACUUUUUAAUUUCGGUGCUGACCAAAUUCUCUACAGAUGUGUACCAGAAAGUAGUAAUUUAACAUUCUAACCAUGUGUUAUUCUUCUACUUGUGGAGGACAUUUUGCCUCUAAAAAGAUUGCUGCAAAAUUUUUAUAGUGUGGUUUCUAUUGGUCAACAUUUUUUCUUGAUGCUCAUGAGUUUUGUAGGAAAUGCACACCAUCUCAAGCUACGGUGAACAUCUCCAAAAGGGACACAAUGCCACUACAAUUGAUCUUGGAGGUAGAAAAUUUUGA